CUUCUCGAAAUGAGAUGAACUGAAGUAGUACAACAGCAGGUCUGUCAACAAAAUGGGGGUUUGAAAUUAUAAUCUAACCAUAUGCACUCGUUACAAAUUGAUAUCAAUUGAGUUAUAUCGAGUGCAUCUGUUAUGAAAACAUACCCUCGCGUUCUCCAGAUAUAAGCUACCAAUGGCAGCUCUCGACUUACUUCUGUCGCUGGCUAUACCAGCCUUAAUAAUCAUACACCUCUUGGCGGCUCCAUAUACCAAAGUCGAAGAGUCUUUCAACAUUCAGGCGACUCACGACAUUUUAGUGUACGGGACGCCCACUAAGGACGUGUAUCAACGGCUCUCGUCUCAGUAUGACCACUUUGACUUCCCUGGUGCUGUCCCUCGCACCUUUAUUGGCCCAGUUCUACUAGCGGGGAUCAGCCAGCCUAUCAUCGCGCUGGUAGGCUUCCGGUAUGCACAACUUAUCGUGAGAGGUAUUCUGGGGCUCAUCAAUGCUGGAGCGCUGUUGGUGUUUAAGUCGAAGGUGGAAAAGGCGUAUGGAAGGUCGACUGCGAGGUGGUAUGCGUUAUUGCAACUUGGCCAGUUUCAUAUCUUGUUCUACGCUUCUAGGACACUACCUAAUAUGUUCGCUUUCGGCUUGACGACGUUGGCCUUUUCUCAACUAAUUGGAGACCCAUCUCAAAACGUGCAGGCUUCGAGAUAUAAAUUGGCUAUUGCGUAUCUCACUAUAGCUACCGCCGUAUUCAGGUCCGAGUUGGCAAUCCUCAUGGUAACCAUCACCCUCUAUGGUCUAGCUCUCUCGCAUAUCUCCUUGGUAAAAAUCAUCCCUACCUUCCUCGUCUUCUUUACCAUGUCGUUGUUACUCACGAUACCAAUCGACUCUUACUUCUGGCAGAAGCCGUUGUGGCCGGAACUAUGGGGAUUUUAUUAUAACGCCGUUCUUGGUUCUUCCUCUGAAUGGGGCGUUUCUCCUUGGCACUACUAUUUCACAUCCGCCUUACCUAAGAUCCUCACGAACCCGUUGAGCUCGAGCGUCCUCGUUCCCUAUGCACUUUGGAACGCUGGGACGAGAAAACAGGCUCAAUCGCUAGUGAUCCCUAGCCUUCUGUUUGUGGCGAUAUACUCUCUUCAGCCGCACAAGGAAGCUCGUUUCAUAUUCUAUGUCGCACCACCGUUGACAGCAGCAGCGGCUUUGGGGGCAAAUUACAUCUUCGCAAGACGUAAUAAGUCUAUCGUCUUCUUACUUACCUCCAUCGCAAUAGUUGGCUCGGUGCUUGUUUCGUUCGGCCUUAGUGCUGCCAUGCUUAUUAUAUCUUCUCUCAAUUAUCCCGGUGGCGAAGCGCUCUCGGAACUUCGUGGUCUCGUUACUUCGUCUUCCUCGUCCGAUCUUCAGACUAUCAUGGUUCAUACGGACGUACUGUCAUGUAUGACAGGAGUAACACUCUUUGGGCAACAUCCCUACCCCCCUAAUGAUCGGCACCCGGCAAAUGGAUUGACGUUCAAUUACGAUAAGACAGAAGAUGAAAACGCUUUACGGAGCCCGUCAUUCUGGGAGAAGUUCGACUACGUGCUCGCCGAAGAUCCGGCUUCGGCUAUCGGCCCUUGGGAGACAGUUGGUGUAGUGGAAGGUUUUGCCGGAGUUGAGCUAAUCAAACCGAGUGCACCCCCCGGCGGCGGCAUCGAGAAUGGCCAAGACAGAGUAUUCGGCAGAGGGGCUCUCGUGAGAAGAGUGAAGAAUUCCGUUAGAGCGCUAACUGGUGGUUGGUGGAUUGGUCCGAGGAUGGAGCCGAAAAUACACAUACUCAGAAAAAUGCGCGAGGGUGAGGCUAGACGAGCCGUAACGGAGUAGGAAUUUCUGGUAGAUAGGCUGAAAGUCGAAAUCGAUUGCCGAGCUCGGCAUUCUAUCCCCGAUAUGGCUUUACGGCCCGCGGACCACAUCGGAUGCGAGAAGAAGUGGGAAUGUCCGGUGACACCGAACGCCGCCCCGCUGGUGUGCGUUUAGAAAGGGGCUGACGGGACGUUACGAUAAUAUGUAGCACAUCGCGGUAGACCUAUCUAGAUUUACCAUAACGUUUACAGGUCUGCCUCGUAACCAAUCUGGCGAGUCAGCCCAACACCACCAGAUCGGCCGUCUCACAGCCCCCAAUUUAGAAUGUAACCCAACGUAGCCUUACGCACAUCUAAUUUUGAAGCGCUCAACUAGCCUCGCCAUAUACCGGCAUCUAAACAUUUAAAUAGCAACGCUGCUAUGAAUUCCGGC